CCAAACAUCAUCGCCUCUCGCCGUCGUCUCGUCUCUUCCUCUGCGGCUGAACUAGUCGCCGAUCCAGAGGCCGUCGUCCACUCGCGGUCCCACCGGCCACCGCCUCCGCCGCCUCUCACCGGCGCCACCGCUGCUCUGCCUCCACCGCGUUCCUCCUCUCCACAAGCCUCGGUCGCCCAGUACGCAUCCCAUCCGUCGCCGUCGACCUAGCUGCCUGGUGGAGGUGGAGGCGAGGGGGAUUGACUCGGCUCCGGCGCUCCGAUUGAGCCCGCAGCCGACCGAUCCGGAUACGAUCCGCUCCGCUCCUCGCCGGAGCGGAGGCUGUCGCGAACCCAGGUAACAUCCCCGCCCUAACCUCCCACGCCGCACGCACGCGAAGGCCGACGGCGGCAGCGCCAUCCCCUGACGGCCGACUGCGCAGCGGCGCUCCGCCCCGCGCCCCGGCCUGGGCCUGCCCGCCUUCGGCCUUCCCCGACUCGCGCCGCUGCUGCGCCCCGCCGUGCAGCCGUUGCCUUCGCCCUUCGCGUCGGCGCUGCCGUGUCGUCGCUCCGUGCAGCGCCGUCGCGCGCGGCGCGCCCGCUGCCCGGCAUCCGGCCCUCCCCCAAGCCCCAGCCCCCUUGGACUCCGCCAAUUUAGACUAGGAAGCAUGAGGAGGCGACCGGGAAUCGCGGGCUUGCAGAACGCAGCGGCUACUCGUGACCAAUUCCGGCUGGUUGGGGAAAAUGUGGCCAAGGUCAGGACCGAUGUCAUGAAGGAGCAGCUUGCGACGUUUCGGACACAGCUCGAAGAAUUUGCACGCAAGCAUAAGAAUGAUAUCCGUAAAAAUCCACUAUUUAGACAACAGUUCCAUGAGAUGUGUGCAAAAGUUGGAGUAGACCCGCUGGCUUCGAAUAAAGGAGCUUGGGCAGAGCUUCUAGGGAUUGGUGACUUCUACUAUGAAUUGGGAGUUCAGAUUGUUGACAUAUGCAUAGCAACCAGAGCGACCAACGGUGGCUUGAUUGACUUGCUAGAUCUCCGUAAACUCCUCUGUCAGAAGAGGAAAGCUGAUCUUGGAUCGUUAACAUCAGAUGAUUGUUUGCGUGCGAUAAGUAAGCUGAAGAUCGUUAAUUCUUCUGGUCCUUUGCCUGUGAACUCUCAGGUCCUUGGUAGUGGUUUUGAAGUAAUUUCUGUUGGGAAGAAAAAGCUUGUGCGUUCUGUUCCUACAGAACUGAAUAAAGAUCACAAUGGGAUACUUGAGCUAGCUCAGGCUGAAGGUUUUGUCACCGUAGAGCAAGUCGAGAGAAAGUUCUCGUGGUCAACUGGCCGUGCCAUUGACGUCCUUGAAACUUUGCUCAAGGAAGGGCUUGCGAUGAUCGACGAUGGGCACAGGGAUGGCAAGCGCAGAUACUGGUUCCCGUGCGUCACUCUCAGCUCUGACUCUACUGGUGCGGAUGCCAAGUCAUGACCUGUGCCGUGCCUGUUCCACUCCGUUGUUGUCACCUGUAUCCUUUUCCAUUGGUUCAUUUCUGUAGGCACUGAAGCACAUAUGGCAUGCCAUUUACCAGUACAGCUCUGGAAGAAUCAUGAGAUAGCAAUACACUUUUCAGGGCUGGGCUGCCGGCAAAAUUUUUACAUUGUGAUUCGUGCAUCAGGAUUCUGGAUGUAUUUGUACUAGUGAUCUAUACUAUACUAGCUCUUCUUUCACGAAAUUACUCGUAAUCGUAAA